AUGUCGACAUUCUCCCUCGCCAAACGCAGGUGCUGUGCCGCUGCUCUCGCUAGUGUCCGAUCUCCAUUGUCGUCGCUAUGUCAUCGAAAAAUCACCACCGUUUCUCCCAAAAACCGUCGACGUCCCUUCACAUUGCCCUUAUCAGCAGCUGCUUCCAAGCCAAGGUCCAUGGGCAGUGUGGCCGAGAGACCGGAACCCGAAAGCUCAGACCCCGAAAUAUCGGAAGCCGAGGAUAUAGAUACGGAAACGGGAACUUACAGUGAAGCGGACCACGAACACGCCGUCAUCUCGACAUUCGAUUUGUUUUCUAUCGGCAUUGGGCCCUCGUCUUCCCACACCGUGGGCCCAAUGCGCGCGGGAAACAUCUUCAUUACAGACUUGUACGAGGCCAACCUCCUGCACAGAGUCAACCGGAUCCGCGUCGCCAUCUAUGGCAGCUUGGCACUCACGGGCGAGGGCCACAUGACCCCCUCUGCUCUGCUGCUGGGUCUAGAAAGCCAGGAUGUCGAGACUGUCGAUACGGCCUACGUUCCCGAGCGAUUCGCCGAGAUCAAGGCCAACAAGGAGCUUAUCCUGGGCCAUGGCUUGGGCGAGGACAAGUGCAACAAGAUUGCCUUUGACUAUGAGAACCACUUCAUCUGGGAGUGGGGUCGCAAGCUGCCCCUCCAUAGCAAUGGUAUGCGUAUCACCGUCUUUGACGAUCAGGGUUAUGUGCUCGCAACCAAUGACCUGUUCAGCGUGGGUGGUGGGUUUGUCGUUAACGGUGCCCUGUCUAUCAACCCGGACAUGCCUCCUGAGGGAAAGAAGACGGCCUCAUCCAACCUCUCCCUCGACCAGCCUGCCGCCGCCCACCCCCCGGACCUGGCCGAGAACUUGUACUACAAGGAGAUUCGACGAUCUGACGCUGCUGGAAACCGCAAGAGGGGAUCCGAGAUCAAACCAUUGGAAGAGGUCGGCGACCAAGACAUAGUUGCACUCCCCGAGUCCAAACAAGCAUCCGAAGAAACAUCGGCUCUGUCGACGGCUGGACCAAGAGAGGUCGACACCAAGGACGCCCCCAAAAAGGGAGACGGCUCCCCUCAACCACGCUACCCCUUCCGCGACGCCGCCAGCCUACUCGCCCUCUGCCACAAGCACAACCUGACGAUAGCCCAGCUUGUGUACGAGAAUGAGAAGAGUCAGGGAUACACAGACGACGAGAUAUACCAAAAGCUCUUCCGCAUCUGGCAGGUCAUGGACGAGAGCAUCCUCGAAAGCGUGCAGGCGCCGCAGGACGCCAUCCUCCCAGGCUCGCUAAAACUUCACCGACGCGCCCCCGCACUCUACAGGCGCCUGACCCGUGGUCUCUAUCCUUCCCCGGCCAACGAGCCCGCCGGUCCGGGACCCCGAAGCUCCACGUCCACAGCUAAUGAGAGCUCUUCCAAGUCCCUGACCAGGCCGCAGAACGGCCUAGCCAAGAGACAACCCCCUCCCCGUAUCCACGGGACCCUCGAUCACCCCAUCUCGCCCUCGCCAUCUCGUCGCACAACCUUCCCGACGAUGGACUACUUAACCGUCUAUGCCAUUGCGGUCAACGAGACCAACGCGGCAGGCGGGCGCAUCGUCACUGCCCCUACCAACGGUGCAGCGGGUAUCAUCCCCUCCAUGCUCAAGUACACCAUCGAGUUCAUAAGUGACGAUCCGGAGCGCGAUGUCCCAACGUUCCUUCUCACUGCCGCCGCAAUCGGCAUGUUGUACAAACGUGGUGCCACCAUCUCCGCUGCUGAGGGCGGAUGCAUGGCCGAAGUCGGGGUGGCAUGUUCCAUGGCAGCCGGUGCUUUUGCAGCCUGCAUGGGCGCCAGUCCCGAGACCAUUGAACAGGCUGCUGAGAUCGGUAUAGAGCAUAAUCUGGGCCUCACAUGCGAUCCCAUCGGCGGGCUGGUCCAGGCGCCCUGCAUCGAGCGCAACGCUCUGGGUGCUAUAAAGGCUAUGUCGAGUGCUAAUCUUGCCUUGAGCAGCGAGACAGGUACGCAAAAGGUCAGGUUGGAUGAUGCAAUUCGAGCCAUGAGGCUCACGGCAAAGGGCAUGAGGAAUGAGUUCAAGGAGACGAGUCUAAGUGGGCUGGCGACUAGUGUGCCCCUCAACAUUCCUGUCAGCGUGCCGGACUGUUGA